AUGAGGACAUAACAUAUCUAAACAAUCAGUUAGUAGCAAGUGUAGUACAAUUAUGUAUAGCUAUAGUCAUGAUACCAAUCGUGGUGGUCCUUGUGAGGAAUAUCGUCAACAUAUCAAGUAUGCUUAAGGUAAAAACUUCAGAUUUGGAAGAAGAAAAACGUCAAACUGAAAUACUUUUAACUGAAUUAGAAGAGGAACGUAAUCGAUCUGAAGAACUGUUACAUCAACUUCUCCCGAAGUCUGUUGCAAAAACACUCAUGGAAAAUGGAAUCGUCGAUCCGGAAUCCUUUGACUCAGUGACUAUCAUGUUUUCAGAUGUAGUGGGGUUUACUACAAUAGCUAGUUGUAGCACCCCGAUGCAAGUCGUGCAGAUGCUGAAUAAACUUUAUAAGACUAUAGAUGGACACUUGGAGAAAGUCGAUGUGUACAAAGUAGAGACAAUUGGUGACGCUUAUAUGGUGGCAUCUGGCCUACCGAAACGAAAUGGUGAAAAACAUGUUGCGGAAAUUGCUUCUCUAGCUAUUAGACUCCAGGCAGAACGAAUUCUUAUUCCACAUAAAGAAAACGAAGCUAUACAGUUAAGAAUAGGCUUUAACACCGGUCCGUGUGUUGCUGGUGUAGUCGGAAUAAGAAUGCCAAGGUAUUGUAUAUUUGGUGACACAGUCAACACGGCAUCGAGAAUGGAAUCGAGUGGUUUACCACUCCGAAUACAAAUGACGCAAUCCAGUGCGUUUAAACUACAACAAACAGGCCGUUUUGUGAUUUCUGAACGUGGGGAAGUUAAUAUAAAGGGAAAAGGUGUUAUGCUAACUUACUGGCUGGAAGGAAUGGCAGUCCCGUGAACAACCGAUUGACAUCGCAUGUAGCUGGGACAUGACAAUUUGUAUCUAUAAAAGAAGAAAGAGUGGGUUUCAGUUUCCACAAAACUCAUGUAUGAAUUGCCUGUAAAAGUUGUAAAUGAGCCGCGCCAUGAGAAAAUCAACAUAGUGGC